UUGCGCGCGUUGCGCAUGCGCACCACGCACGCGCCGCGCACGAGCGAUCCUUUUCGGGGCGCGCUCGUAUACAAAGCGAAGUUAUUCGAAGUUCUCGAUGAGAAAGAAGGGAAAAGGAGGCGAAGCGGAACGAGUGUUCCUGGCGGAAGGGAUGUUCUCCCGAUCGUCGAAACUUGCGGUAUCGACGCCCGCGAUUUAUCCAUUUUUUUCGAGAAGAGGCUUCCAUCCUCCGCAACGUGGCGACAAGGUCAAGGUAAUGCGCGCGAUUCACGAACGACGGAGUAUUACAUGGUAUUCUUACGUGGAUUGUACGUGAUGUUCUCGAUUUUUGCACGGAAUGUACCGUGCAGGAGCGUAACAUCGAUGCGCGGAGCUCCGAUCCUCCGAAGUAAUGAAAUUCUUCCGAUACGAAAAAAUGGGAAAAAAGGUCUGAAAAAAAUUCUCUAUCUUACCAAUCAACACAUAACGCGUUCAAAAAAUUUGUCUAAUACGACAAAUGGGGGAGAUGGUGAAACGAAAAAAUCUGAAUCAAAAGGAUCUGUGUCUUCGGGAAGGAUGAAGGAACCCCAGGAAUAAUCUCCAGAAUUCGACGGCUCUGGACUGGAUACUCGUGGCUAUGCCAUAGUACGGAUACGGACACGACCGAUUGUCGUUCGGGAGAAUGACAUUUAAAAUCCGUAACUGAGAGCACCACGCGACGGUGACGACGACGACGACGACGACGGCGACGACGGCGACGACGACGACG